AUGUCUUUAAACGUUGCUCUGUUCAACAAGGAUAAUUUACUGGACGAUUCAGAUGAUGAGUUUGGAGAGAUUUUGCUAUAUUUUGCUUGCAAGGAAUAUAAUCAAUUAUAUCUAUCUAAGCAACCUUGUAGAAAUUCAGCUCUUUCAGGCCAUGAAUACGUUAUGGAAGUGUUGCACGGGCAUUGGAGUAGGUGUUAUGAUUUGUUCAGAAUGAACAAAGAUGUCUUCAAACUAUUUUGUGGUGUUCUAAAAGAAAAAAAAUUAUUGAAGAACUCACGAUAUCUGUCUGUUGAAGAACAAGUGGCUAUGUUCUUAUUUGUGAUUGGCCAUAAUGAACGACAUCGUGUGGUUUCUGAACGAUUUCAGCACUCCAUCUCAACCACAUCUCUUUAUUUUAGGAAGGUUUUGAAGGCAAUAUGUCGUCUAUCCAAAGAACUAAUUACUCCACCUUCGUUUGGUGUAACUCCUCCAGAAAUUCGAUUCGAUCCAAGAUACUAUCCAUUUUUUAAGCUAUAG